AUGUACACCCAAUUUUACCCGUUUGUUGGCGUCAAUCAUCAUGGGCAAUCGACAUUGCUUGGUUGUGGCUUGGUAUCUAAUGAGGACACUAGAACAUUCGUGUGGCUAUUCCGGACAUGGCUACAGUGCAUGCAUGGGCAAGCACCGCAUGGGAUAAUUACUGAUCAGGACAGGGCAAUGCAGAAUGCCAUUGAGAUUGUAUUUCCGCAUACGAAGCAUAGAUGGUGUUUGUGGCAUAUCCUUAAGAAGUUGCCUGAGAAGUUUGGUUAUCAUGUUGAUAAGGCUUCGAUCUUUUCGACUAUACAUCGAUUAGUCUAUGAUUCACAGCUCGUUGACGAGUUCGAAAACGGUUGGAGGACGAUGAUUGAUACGUACAAUUUGUAUGAUAAUGACUGGUUGUCGGGAUUGUUUGAAAACAGAGGUCGUUGGGUACCGUGUUUCUUGAAGACCACAUUCUGGGCGGGCAUGUCCACAACACAACGAAGUGAGAGUAUGAAUGCAUUCUUUGAUGGAUACGUGCACUCAAAGACCUCUUUGAAGCAAUUUGUCGAACAAUAUGAAAGAGCACUACGGAAUAAGGUUGAGAAAGAGUUUCAAGCUGAUUUUAAAUCAUACUCGCAAAUGGUACCAUGCGUGACGAAUUAUGAUAUCGAAAAGCAAUAUCAAAAAGUUUACACUAUCACAAAGUUCAGAGAAGUUCAAACCGAGUUCAUUGGGAAGGUAUAUUGUGACAUCAUAUCAGUUUUAAAGGGAUGUCCAAAUACGAUUUACGAAGUUCGGGAGGAUGUCUUACUAUAUGCCGAGCAUAGGAUGAAAAAGAUUUUUUCGGUUUCAUUUACGAGGGAUACAUGUGACAUUGCUUGCAGCUGCCACUUAUUUGAGUUCCGAGGGAUACUUUGUAGGCAUGCAAUCGCUGUAUUGAUCCGUAAUGAUGUAACAGUACUGCCUAAUAAGUUUAUACUGAGGAGAUGGAGGAGGGAUGUAAGUAGAGCACAUACGAGAGUUGCAAUUCACUAUGACGGGUUGAUCAGUACUCCUACACAGAUGAGGUAUGAUGAAAUGUGCCAGGCAUUUUCAGAGGUGGUGGAUCUUGCUGCGGAUGAUGAAGCCCGAGCACGGGCGGUAAUGGAGUGGAUAAAAGUUCAAGCGAAGGAACUCAUACUGACAAAGUCGAGUAAUGGUGCUCAUCGAAAUGAUGUAAUAUCUCAUGGGUCGGAUUCUCAAAACCAUUUCGCCGUCAAUGUACUAGAUCCUAUAUUGUCGAAAAAGAAGGGUGCGCCAAGGAAACUUCGACAACGAGGCCCGUUGGAGUCGAGUUCGAAGAAAGUAAAGGUAUUUUAUUCUCAUAGCCUACUAAUUGAAACAAAGUUAGAAUCCAAAUUCUCAUAUACGCGAACGAUGUACAUGCAGGCAAGUUCAAGUUCAGGAAAAGGCAAGAGACCGAGAGUUAGACACAAUAUUGCGGAUGAAGGCGUACCUAAUGUUGAGGCAUCUCAACAGUGCUCAUCGCUGACACCAUUGUCAUGGAGACAAGGGCAGCCAACAAUAGAUGCAAUGAUCAGCUUGUGGAUAGCUUCAGUUUCAGUCUGCUUUCCCAGUUUGAUGGUAUUCGAUAUGCUGCAAGAAGAAGCCGGUUUCAUGUUUUCGUCAUUUUCAGUUUCAGCUUCAGGGACUGCUUCCUUAUCUUCUUUUUGA